GCAAGGAAGCUGCGACGCGGAGUUUCACUCUGGCUGUCUCCUCCUCAGAGUCGGAGCUACAGCCGGAGUCGUGCCCAGGCCGAGCCGGAGCUGCCGCCUCAGCGCGGCAGUGCCCUCAGCCUGCCCCCUCGCCCUCCUCAGCCUCGGUGCCUUGGAAUUUGUGUCGCUGAGUCAGCAAGCCUUUCAGAUUUGCCUGGUUUUUGUUGUUUGCAUUUUAUAUCAAGAUGGGAACUCGAACAAGUCAUUCCUCCUAAGGAUCUGGUGUCUCCAUCAAGAAAGGACAGUUUGUGCCAGCUCUCCAGAGAGAGGAGCUGCUGGAAGCACUGGGCAAUGAACCGGAGACUGCAGCCCAGAGGGGUCUGAAGCCGUUUGGGAAAGCAGAGGGAGUCCUGGGGAAGAUGGCCAUGGCCCCAAGCCCUUCCCUGGCGCAGGCGUACACCAGCCCCGUGGCCGUGGCCGUGUGGGAAUGGCAGGACGGGCUGGGCAUCUGGCAUCCCUACAGUGCCACUGUCUGUAGCUACAUUGAGCAGCAGUUCGUGCAGCAGAAGGGCCAGCGCUUCGGGCUCGGGAGCCUGGCGCACAGCAUCCCCUUGGGCCAGGCCGACCCCUCGCUGGCCCCGUACAUCAUCGACCUCCCCAGCUGGACUCAGUUCCGCCAGGACACUGGCACCAUGCGGGCCGUGCGGAGACACCUGUUCCCCCAGCAUUCAGCCCCUGGCCAGGGCAUCGUGUGGGAGUGGCUGAGUGACGACGGCUCCUGGACAGCCUACGAAGCCAGCGUCUGUGACCAUCUGGAGCAGCAGGUGGCCAGGGGCAACCAGCUCGUGGACUUGGCACCCCUGGGCUACAACUACACCGUCAACUAUGCCACCCACGUGCAGACCAACAAGACUUCGCUUUUCUGCCGUAGCGUGCGGCGCCAAGCAGGACCCCCGUACCCGGUGACCACCGUCAUUGCUCCUCCGGGCCACACGGGAGUCGCCUGCUCUUGCCAUCAGUGCCUCAGCGGCGGCGGAACUGGCCCCGUGUCAGGCCGCUACCGCCACUCCAUGACCAGCCUCCCCGCAUACCCUGUCCCCCAGCCCCCCACCAGGACCGCCAUUGUCUUUGGGGCACACCAGGCCUUUGCCCCAUACAACAAGCCCUCACUCUCUGGGGCUAGGUCUGCGCCCAGGCUGAACACCACCAACCCCUGGGGUGGGGCGCCGCCCUCCCUGGGGAGCCAGCCCCUUUACUGCUUCAGCCUCCCCCACCUGGGACCACAGCACCAGCCCCCAGGACCAUCCACUGCCAGUGGAGCCAGUGCCUCCCUCCCCAGCGGUCCCGUGAGCAGCCCUGGGAGCGUCCCCACCACUGUGGCCGUGCACAUGCCGAAGCCCAGCAGGGUCCAGCAAGCGCUUGCAGGCAUGACGAGUGUUCUGAUGUCAGCCAUCGGACUCCCUGUGUGUCUUAGCCGCGCACCCCAGCCCGCCAGCCCUCCCGCCUCCUGUCUGGCCUCUAAAAGUCACAGCUCAGUUAAGAGAUUGAGGAAAAUGUCCAUGAAAGGAGGAACUUCGAAGCCAGAGCCAGAGCAGGUGAUCAGAAACUACACUGCAGAGCUGAAAACGGCCCCAGAUGAGGACUGCAUCAUCUGUAUGGAGAAACUGUCCAUGGUGUCUGGGUACAGUGACGUGACCGACAGCAAGACCAUUGGGCCGGUGGCCGUGGGCUGCCUCACCAAGUGCAGCCAUUCCUUCCACCUGCUCUGCCUGCUGGCCAUGUACUGCAAUGGGAACAAGGACGGAAGUUUGCAGUGUCCUUCCUGCAAAACCAUCUAUGGAGAGAAAACGGGGACCCAGCCCCGGGGGAAGAUGGAGGUGUUCCGGUUCCAGGUGGCCCUCCCCGGCCACGAGGACUGCGGGACCAUCCUCAUAGUUUACAAUAUUCCUCACGGCAUCCAGGGCCCUGAGCACCCCAACCCCGGGAAGCCAUUCACCGCCAGAGGAUUUCCCCGCCAGUGCUAUCUUCCAGACAAUGCCCAGGGCCGCAAGGUCCUGGAGCUGCUGAAGGUGGCCUGGAAGAGGCGACUUAUCUUCACAGUGGGGACGUCGAGCACCACGGGCGAGACCGACACAGUGGUGUGGAAUGAGAUCCACCACAAGACAGAGAUGGACCGCAAUGUGACAGGCCACGGCUACCCGGACCCCAACUACUUGCAGAACGUGCUGGCCGAGCUGGCCGCCCAGGGGGUGACUGAGGAUUGCCUGCAGCCGCAGUGACCCGCCCGCCUGGCAGCCGGCCGCCCACCCCUGCUGGCGGGCUGCCCCUAGGCUGGGCAGGUGGGGAGCUGCCUUUCCUCAGAGGCUGGAAUGUUUGUUGGGGGCACGGGGUGCUCCAUGGAAGCUAGGGCUUCUCUUGUCUGCCUUUCCCCCUUCCUCCUCCCCUCCAGGCCUGGGUCUCCGUGGGAAUUGGGCAAGCCUGGGGAGUUGUCACUGUGGGGGCUUAAGAUGCAGCUACCUCAGUGCAUGGGGGCCCUUUGUCCUUGGCUGGCUGCCUUGGGCCUCCAGUGCUGGGGGCCUAGCAUGGGGUGGGGAGAGACCGCCCCCCCCCGCCAGCCAGGGACAGGCAUGGGUCUGGGUCAGCUUCUCAUACCUCAGAUGUUCUGUUUGCAAUAAAUGCCCGAUAGCCAAA